AUGGAGCCUAAUCAAAAGACAACCACUACCACCACAUCUAGUGGUAGUAGUGGUUCUGAAAGUAAAAAGAAAGAAAUAGGAAGGGAUGAUAGAAGGGAUGAUAGAAGAGGUGAUAGAAGAGGUGAGAGAGGCAGAGGAGGGGGUAAUAGAAAUAAUAAUAAUAAUAAUAAUAAUAGUAAUAAUAAUAAUAAUAAUAAUAAUAAUAAUAAUAAUAAUAAUAAUAAUAAUAAUAAUAAUAGAAAUAAUUAUAAUAGAAAUAAUAACAAUAGAAAUAAUAAUGAUAGUAAUGAUAAUAAAAAUAAAAUUGAAGAAUGGAAUAUUGAUAAAGUUAGUGAAUGGUUAAAAUCAUUAAAUAUUACCGAAGGUAUUGUAGAUAGUUUCAAAAAUCAGCAGAUUGAUGGUAUAUCUUUGCUUCAAAUAAAUGAAACCAGACCAAAUGAUAAAAUGUUAGAGGCACUAGGUUUUGUCCAUCUUGGCCCAAAAUUAAAUUUUCAAAGAUCCUUACAACAAUUAGUUACAGAUAAUAAUAAAAAUAAAAAUAAUAAUAAUAAUAAUAAUAAUAAUAAUAAUAAUAGAAAUAAUGGUAAUAGAAAUAAUAACCAUCACGAUAACAACAAUAAAAAUAGAUUUGAAAAAGAUUUCAAUGAAGCAUUCCAAAACUUAAAUAAACAAAAAGAAAGCCAACAAAAGAAAAAAGAUAGUUUUGAAAAAUUCAAUUCAUCGGCUGGUAUGCAGUCGUAUUUAAGAAGGAGAUUAGAGCAAGCCGAUGGUGGAGAAGAUAUUGUCGAAACGUUGUAUGUUCAAAUGUUCCAAGUUCAAGAUAUUUUAUCAAGAUCACAUUUAGAUAACCAAACCAUCUCAUUGUUUAUCAAGCUAUUUUUACACCCUGGAUUCGAAAGUUCAAUUCACGAUACUUUCUCAAACAAGCUCAUUCUCGAAAUUAUUCAGUCUCAAUUCCUUGUUAAUGUGCUCAAUUUUCCUCGUUAUGUUGGUGAAAUUCAAUUAUUAAGUGAAUUUUCAAAUACAAUCAAUUUUAUGAAUUUGGUUUCAAGUCGUUUUAGAGAAUCAAUCCAUUUAAUGCCAUUAGAAAUUUUCCAAGUUUCUUUUGAAUCAAAGACAUUCUGUAACCAAGAACACAUCAAGCAAUUGUUGACCGUUUUAAAACAAAAGAAAUUAAUUCAAAGAGAAAAUAGCCAGAUUGAGGGGGGUCUUGUUUAUAACUUUGAUAUCAUUUAUAAAAAUCUACCAAUCAUCCCAACAAAUAGUGAAAUCCAUUCAAAAGGUUUACCAAAGUUAAGGGCUUUAAAACUUGGCAUCUAUGACUCUUCUGAAGAAUAUUUAGAUACUCAUUUCAACUUACUCCGUGAAGAUAUGGUGCAUCCAAUUCGUGAAGCUUUAUCACUCGUUGGCUCUGGUAAAUCAUCGCCAUAUCAUUAUUAUGAUGUAAUUUUUAAAGGAUUUCAAAAAACCAAAACAUCGUUGUGCUUUUUGAUCGAAUUUAAAUACAGAUCAACAAUUAAAUGGGAAAAAUUUUCAAAACUAUUAAAUGGGUCUUUAUUAGUAUUAUCAUCUGAUAAUUUCCAAACAGUCCAUUUUGCAACAGUCGAAAAAAGACCAGAUAAAGGAUCAGAAAUGAGUAUUUCAGUUUCAUUCUUUGAAGAUGAAGAUAACAACAAUAUUCCCUUCUUUUUCGAAAAUGUAUUCCAAAUGAUAGAGUCACCAACCUAUUUCGAAUCGGUUAGAAACGUACUUAGUUCACUUCAAAAUAUAGACCCACAAGAGCUCCCAUUCCAGAGUUAUCUAUUAAAGUGUUCCGCUAGAGAAGUUAUGCCAAAAUAUAUUUUAGAUCAUCCUUAUUUCUCUCUUCAUAAAACUUUUCCUAGUUCAGAUAACAUCAAUUUAAAAACAACAGAAUUUCCAGAGUCUUUAGGUUCAUUUGAUCCAUCACAGGUUGAUGCAUUCGAACAUUGUCUAAAAUCAGAAUUAAGUUUGGUUGUUGGUCCACCAGGUACCGGUAAAUCAUAUUUGGGUAUUAAGCUUUUUGAAGUAAUACAUAGACAUCUUAUUGCAAACUCUACAAAAAAUACACCAGUUCUCUUAUUAUGCUAUACCAACCAUGCCUUGGACCAGUUUUUAAAUGCAAUUAUAAACAAUGUCACCGAAGAAGUUAUUAGAGUAGGUUCGAGAUCAAGAGAUGAGAGAAUGAAGAAAUUUAGUCUUAAUAAUUUUCUUAUUAAAGAAAAAAAUCAAUCUCGUUACUACCACGAAAGAGAUGAUAUUAUAUCAGUUUUAAAGAGAUAUUUACAGGACAUUUCAAAUACAUUAACUUUUGAAGAUUUUUUAAAAUUUUCAAACCAAGAUAAACAAAAUAUUUCUUCAAUGGAUUGGAGCAAAUGGUUAAAAUCAAUUAAAAAACAAAUUUCAGCAGACUUAAACGCCACCAAUAAUAAUAAACACCCCAACAACAACAAUAAUGAUAAAAAUAAUAAUGAUGACGAGUUGGGUCAAGAUGAAGAAGAUGAGGAUAUUGUAAAUUUAUUAAUGAAUGAAAGAAAUUUCGAAUCAAGUGCAUCAGAGAUUUCAGAUUAUGAUAUUCAAAAUAUUAUUGCAAUGACCAAAUUAGAAAAGAAGGAGUUUGAAGAUAUUGACGAUAUCAAAAACAUUGCUAUGGAGCAAAGAAUUUUUUAUUACCGUUUCUUAUUAGAUAAAAAAAUUACAAGCCUUUUAGGGUUAAUUCAAGAGACAGCAUCAGAAUAUCGUAGAUUAUCAUCAAUUAUUAUGGAAUAUGAACAUCGCUCAUAUCAAAAAGCUCUUUCGAGUGUUAAGGUAGUUGCAGCUACAGUUAUUGGUGCAAGUCGUUUGAAAAAGGUGUUUGAUAAUAUCAAUUCAAAAGUUGUCAUUAUUGAAGAAGCAGCUGAAAUUUUAGAAGGUCAUAUUAUUUCAGUUUUGCCCAAAACAACCGAGCAUUUAAUUUUAAUUGGUGAUCAUGAGCAAUUAAAGCCAUCAAGUCAAGUUUACCAACUAUCACAAAAGUACAAACUUGAUAUAUCCCUCUUUGAAAGAAUUAUUAAAAAUGGUGGAGCUCAUAGACAAUUGCAAUACCAAAGAAGAAUGGUACCAAAUAUUUCAAGAUUUAUUACACCCAUUUAUAACAAUUUAAAGAACCAUCCCGAAGUUAAAAUCCGUUUCCAACAAAACCCUGGUGUUCUCGGUAUGCCAAGCAAUCUAUUUUUUAUUACCCAUAAAGAAUUGGAGAAUUGUGAUAGUAAUGGUUCAAGUAAAUUUAAUGUUUAUGAGGCCAAAUUCAUUAGUAAUCUAGCAUUGUUUUUACUUAAACAGGGUUAUGAGGCAAAUAAUUUAGUUAUUUUAACACCUUAUACCGGUCAGUUAUUAAAGAUUAGAAGUCAGGUUAGAAAUAUCAAUAACCCAACACUCACAAAGGUUCAAAUAAGAACUGUUGAUCAAUUCCAAGGUGAAGAAAGAGAUAUUGUUUUACUUUCACUCGUUAGAUCCAAUCCAAAUAAUGAUAGUGGUUUCGUUAAAAUUCAAAAUCGUAUUAAUGUUGCAAUUAGUCGUGCUAAAAAUGGUAUGUUUAUUAUCGGUAAUCGUCAAUUAUUGGAAAAAGCUCACACACUAUGGUCAAAUAUGUUUUCAAUUUUGGAACAGGAGAAAUUGAUUGGUCCAUCGUUCUCCAUUGUAUGCAGAAAUCAUCCACAACAAGUCACUGUGAUUUCAUGUCCAGAUGACUUCAAGAAUGUACCCGAAGGUGGCUGUCUUCGUAAAUGUGAAUACCGUUUACAUUGUGGUCAUACUUGUGGACAAGCAUGUCAUUUAAUAGAUACAGAUCAUGAAAGGAUUCAAUGUACUAAAAGAUGUGAAAAGGUUAGAGAGGGUUGCGGUCAUCAGUGUACCAAACUUUGUGGUGGAGAUUGUGGUCAAUGUACUGUUGAGGUUGAGGCACGGCUUAGAUGUGGUCACACUGAAUUCAUUGCUUGUCAUAAGGAUGUGUCCACCUAUAAAUGUAAACAGCCAUGCACAAGAACUAGAAAAUGUGGUCACCCAUGCAAUGCUUUAUGUGGUGAUAAUUGCGAGUCUAUUAAAUGCCCGGUUGAGGUUGAACGUAUUCUUCCAUGUGGCCAUAAGGUAACAAGGGAAUGCUUUAACACAAGCAUAACAUGUCAUGUAAAAUGUAAAGAUAAGCUCUCUUGUGGUGAUACGUGCUCAGCCAAAUGCAAAGAUCAUAUCAGAGAAAACAGUACUAUAGUUCACCCAGAAUGCUCGAAACAAUGUUCAAGAACACUAUUUUGUAGUCAUAUAUGUGAUGGUAAACAUAAAUGUAGCAGCAAAUGCCCGCCAUGCUCAAAGGAUUGCUCAAAUCAAUGUCCCCAUUCACGUUGCAAAAGAAAAUGCACAGAUUUAUGCUACCCAUGCAAAGAAAAAUGUAAAAGAGGUUGUGUUCAUAUUGGUAAAUGUUCAAAACUCUGUAAAGAUAAGUGUGAUAUUGGUGUUUGCACUGAACCAUGUCCCAAAAAGCUCAAAUGCAAACAUCAAUGUAUUGGUAUUUGUGGUGAAAGAUGCCCCCAAUUCUGUAGAAUAUGUGAUCCAAAAUACAAAGAACCAAUUACCCAAAUGACACUUGAAGAAUUUGACAAAGAUGAUCUAUUCAUCGAAGUUCAUAAAGGUCAUGUAUUCCAUAUCGAUUCCCUUGAUACCUAUAUGAAAAUGAAGAAUGAUAAUGGCCAUGUUCAAUUAAAGAGUUGCCCAUCAUGUAAUAAAAUCCUUUCAUCAUACGAUUUACCAAGAUAUAAGGAUAUCAUUAAUAGCGUCUGGGAUGAUAUUGAUGCCAUCAAGAGAAAGCUUAAAGAGACCAUUACCAAAAAAGAGAUCCAAGAUGUGGUUAGCGCAAUGGGUGGUGCUGCUGGUAGAUAUUUUAAAUGUCCAAAUAAUCAUUUUUAUUAUAUAGGUGAAUGUGGUGGAGCAAUGGAGAUUGGUAAAUGUAUUGAAUGUAAAGCAGAUGUCGGUGGUCGAAAUCAUCAACUAUUAGGAUCAAAUUCUCAUGCUCAUGAAAUUGAUGGUUCCGUUGAACCGCUCUAUAGAAAUCCACUAUUACCCUUUUAA